AUGAGCCAGCCUCUACAGGUUUGUGUUCAGACAGCACUCAGCACACGCUCACUCUCUAGACGCAGACUCCUGCUCUACAUUCUCAUAGCUGGCUUUUCACUUAGACUAGAGGAAUCUUCAGUGUUCCAGCGAGUGCUUGGUUCCAGAUCUUUGAGACUCCGCUGAGGAUUCCAUUCGUGAACACUCACAAGCAGGUAAACUAAACUAGGACUGUCUGGACGAGCGGAUCAAACAGUCAUUGUUUAGACGGGGUUUGUGUCUGUGUGCUUUUAUGGUAGGAGGCUUUGGUGCUCUGUUAGUUGAGGUAACCAGACUUUGACUCAAGGGAAAUCACUUUUGUACUCCAGAUAUGUAACUGACAUUGACAUUAACCAGAAGCACAUUCCAUUUGAAACUAACCUAGAUACAUUUGUUGUAAGUUGGCUGAACAAAUGUGGUAAAAAAAAACAAAGCCUGUGGAGACUUCUAUCCAUGAAGACACAGAGACCAUCCAUUCUCUCUGUGUCUUCUCGGCUCUGGCUCCUGUGGCCUCAUUGUUGCUGGAAUGUUCCUAAAAAUACUGGCCUUGAUUAUAACAUUUGGUAACUCUGCUCGAAGACAAUCCUCUCUCUCGCCUUAAUCGGGUGAAAGUAUGUAUGGCAGUGGGAGAAUUUAAGAGGGUAAACACAUUCUUACCAACAAUGCAUUUCAGAAUGAGCAUGUUGAAAACUGUGAUCAUGCUGUUGAUAAUGAUGUAGCUAGGACAGUUGUAAUGCCUAACUGGGAUAAUGUAGCUUUAAGUCAGAUCCACAGGUUGGCUGGUGAGUUGUGUCUCUGUUGCCAGCCUGUGUAUAGACUACUGUGUACAGUGCAUUCGUAAAGUAUUCAGACCCCUUGAUUUUUUCCACAUUUAGUUACGUUGCAGCCUUAUUCUAAAAUUUAUUAAAUAGUUGUUUUCCCUCAUCAAUCUAUACACAAUACCCCAUAAUGACAAAGCAAAAACAGGUUUUAAAAAUGUUUGCACAUUUAUUAAAAAUAAAAAUAAAAAUAUCACAUUUACAUAAGUAUUCAGACCCUUUACUCAGUACUUUGUUGAAGCACUUUUGCCAGCGAUUACAGCCUCAAGUUUUUUAGGUAUGACACUACAAGCUUGGCACACCUGUAUUUGGGGAGUUUCUCCCAUUCUUCUCUGCAGAUCCUCUCAAGCUCUGUCAGGUUAGAUGGGGGGCGUCGCUGCACAGCUAUUUUCAGGUCUCUCAAGAGAUAUUAGAUCGGGUUCAAGUCUGGGCUCUGGCUGGGCCACUCAAGGACAUUCAGAGACUUGUCCCGAAGCCACUGCUGCGUUGUCUUGACUGUGUGCUUAUGGUCGUUAUCCUGUUGGAAGGUGAACCUUUGCCCCAGUCUGAGGCCCUGAGCGCUCUGGAGCAGGUUUUCAUCAAGGAUCUCUCUGUACUUUGCUCCGUUCAUCUUUCCCUCGAUCCUGACUAGUCUCCCAGUCCCUGCCGGUGAAAAAUAUCCCCACAGCAUGACGCUGCCACCACUAUGCUUCACCGUAGGGAUGGUGCCAGGUUUCCUCCAGACGUGAUGCUUGGCAUUCAGGCCAAAGAGUUCAAUCUUGGUUUCAUCAGACCAGAGAAUCUUGUUUCUCAUAGUCUGAGUCCUUUAGGUGCUUUUUGGCAAACUCCAAGCGGGCUGUGAUAUGCCUUUUACUGAGGAGUGGCUUCUGUCUGGCCAGUCUUCCAUAAAGGCCUAAUUGGUGGAGUGUUGCAGAGAUGGUUGUCCUUCUGGAAGGUUCUCCCAUCUCCACAGAGGAACUCUGGAGCUCUGUCAGAGUGAACAUCGGGUUCUUGGUCACCUCCCUGACCAAGGUCCUUCUCCCCCCAUUGCUCAGUUUGUCUGGGCGGCCAGCUCUAGGAAGAGUCUUGGUGGUUCCAAAAUUCUUCCAUUUAAGAAUGGUUGAGUCCACUGUGUUCUUGGAGACCUUCAAUGCUGCAUAAAUGUUUUGGUACCCUUCUCCAGAUCUGUGCCUCAAAACAAUCCUGUCUUGGAGCUCUACGGACAUUUCCUUUGACCUCAUGGCUUGGUUUUUGCUCUGACAUGCACUGUUAACUGUGGGACCUUAUAUAGACAGGUGUGUGCCUUUUCUAAAUCAUGUCCAAUCAAUUGAAUUUACCACAGGUGGACUCCAAUCAAGUUGUAGAAACAGGAUUCACCUGAGUAAAAAUGUUUGUCUCAUAGCAAAGGGUCUGAAUACUAAAUAUGUAAAUAAGGUAUUUUUUAGUUUUUUUCUUUUUUUAGCAAAAAUGUAGAUUGAUGUAAAAAAUAAUGGAUCCAUUUUAGAAUAAGGCUGUAACAUAACAAAAUGUGGAAAAAGUCAAUUGGUCUGAAUACUUUCUGAAUGCACUGUAGAGGGUCAUAUCUCCUCAGGCCGUCAGUUAAAACAAACAAACUGCCCCUCUCUCUCCUGGGCACUUUGGACUUUGAGAGGCUCUCUGCCUGCCUAUUACAUUUACAUUGCCUAUGGCAAAACAACCUGGGAUUCCAGGGGUUAAUCAUUGGAUGAUGACUGAGGUGUGUGUGUCUGUGUGUGUCUGUGGGAAAGUGGGGUUCUCUGGCAAAGCCAACAGGGAGGACCAUCUGGUGACUCAGCCUGGCCACUCUCUCCCCAGAAUCACAUCUCUGUGAUUACUGGCUGGCUGGCUGACUAUGGACAUGUUUGUGAUUGUGUCCGUGCCUGCAUAUCUUUGCAAUGCAUUCAUUGCUCUGUGCUCCCUUUCUCUCUCCUGAGCUACCACAGUAAAGGGCUCUGUCUAUACUGUGUUAUCUAACAUUAAGAUUAGCAGGGCUGGGGACUGAGCCUUAGGGUUAGGGAUUUCAGAGGAACAUGAAUGGUUGUGAACAUUAUGAUGAUAGAUAGAUGGUAAUUGAGAGGUUAGAGUGGAAGGUCCAUUGGGACUGCAUCAUUGGGAAAGCAUUUCACUGUAAAGUCUACACCAGCUGUAUUCGUAGCAUGUGAUAAAUAACAUUUGAUUUGAUUUAAUUGAGAAUGGGACUGUGGCCAUAGAGCCAGACAGUGCUGGGUUAGAGGUGGAGUGGGGAGUGGGGAGGGAGUACCGUGGGGGGAGGGAGAGUUUGAUGCUGUAAUAACUCUCUUGUUAAAGACUGGCUCUAAUGUGACUCUCACAGUUGACUUUGUCCUGCUGGGAGUGUGAUUGUUAGGGGGGUGGGAAACUUGAAUGCAGUUCAGCAUAUGUGUGGAGGAGAUAGGCAUUGACCCUAUGCCAUAAAGUCAUCAGGUUUUUGGUUUAAAUCUGUGAUAUUUGCUGAUACUGUGGAAUUGCAGCUGCACUCCUCCCCUGGGAAAAGCUCUCUUUCUUCAUUACUCCAGUAAAACCUCUUAAAUCACCCCUGGAGAUAGACUGCUUGAUAACCUCUGAACUGCUGGGUGACCAAAAAUCUGGAGCACAUUUGGUGGUGGGGUUGGUGCUGAUUGGUCUGUCAGUGCAGACCAUUGGAUUACCGUUGUGUGGAGUUGCCUUCCUUUUGUCUUUUUGACGAGUUAAGGCUAUGUUAUACAUACUGAGGUUAUGUUCAUUUUAUUUCAGUCUGUCUGUAACCAGCAGUCAUUCGAGUAGAGGACAAGGCUCAUACAUAUCUCCACAGACUGAGGUGAGUUCACAGCUCUGGAGGGGCACCUAUACUCUCAGUCCAGGAAGUCAGUCAGUCACACCAUCUCACUGUGUUUGUUUGUAUUUCGGUCUUGCUCACGGCUACUGUAUUGAGACUGCUUUCCAGGACUACUGUCCACCGCUUUUUGAACCCUUUUAGAUGCCUGAUGGAUGGAAGUCCUAUUCACCUGACGCAUAGGAUAUAUAUAUAUUUAGAAUUCCUCAGUGAACACAUACACACACUCUCUCUCACUCUCUCUCUCUCUCUCUCUCCUCUCACUCUCUCUCCUCUCUCUCUCCUCUCUAUCUCUUUCUCUCUCUCUCCUCUCUAUCUCUCUCUCUCUCCUCUCACUCUCUCUCCUCUCUCUCUCUCUCUCUCUCUCUCUCCUCUCUUUCUCUCGCUCUCUCUUCUCCCUUUCUCUCUCUCUCUCUCUCUCUCUCUCUCUCUCUCUCUCUCUCACGGGUCACUGUCUGUUGUAUAUGGCAUCCAGUCAGUAAACUGAUAGAUGCUGUAUUACAGGAGAAGCAGAGUGCUCCCAGCCCCAGUAUUGCCCUGUAAUUACCCCUCAUGGCUCUCUGGUUAUGUACUCUGGAUCUCUGUGGGCUUCUUUUUCCUUUUAGCCGGAGGCCACUGGGUUGAACCCCUCUUUCCCAGCAUGCUCGUUGCUCACUGACCACCAAUAGAUGAAGCACUUAUCUUAUGGCAUCACUUCCCCAUGUGCUUUUCCCGUAAGGCAUAUCAUUAUCCACUAAUCAUCAGCUGGAUGAAAAACGGUACACUCAACGUAACCUAACAUAGCAGGCGUCUAGUUUUCAGGGGAAAUUAAACGUAACCUAACAUAGCAGGCGUCUAGUUUUCAGGGGAAAUUAAGAUAGGUUGAAGAUACUGUUUCAAGUUGUUGAUGUCACGUGCACUAUUGCCUUUCUUGUAUCACUGAAAACCGGAUGUUUCCGGUUUCUUCCGACCACACUGAGGGUGUGCUUUAACACAACAAAGAAGUAGAAUAUCACUGUUAGCUAUGUUUUUUCUAACCAGGCUAUUUCCGUUCUCCGUUUCUGUGGUCGGUCCAACUGAAGGUUUGAUCCAACUUAAGGUCCAAACCUGAGUGAUGUAGUUGAAUGUUCAGCCAGCCAGGCAGUAAAUCCAAGGGCUGUCUCUUACCCAGCAUGCCAUGCCAUUGGAGGUGUGUUUUUGUUUCCAUCGGGAAGUAAUACUGUCCUUUCUUCCGUCCCCCGUCCCCUGUCCAGUUGUCAGGUCGUUGAGGGCCUCUUGUUGUCAUAUCAGGUCACCCCUCAGGCUGGGGCAUUAAAUACACUAUGACACUGACGUUUACACACCCAUUAUAGUCCCAUAGAGAAGACAUUAGGAUACGGACCUGCACUGUGUUGGUGCAUUUUCACUGAGGAUUUACCCCAGUGUUUUACCCAAAAGGCUCAGACUUUUCUGUUUCCAUCUACACUGGCCGGCCCCCGUGUCUCACUGGGCCAUGGAUCCGGCGGAUCUUCCAUCUACACUGGCUGGCACCCGUGUCUCACUGGGCCAUGGAUCCGGUGGACCUUCCAUCUACACUGGCCGGCACCCGUGUCUCACUGGGCCAUGGCUCCGGUGGACCUUCCAUCUACACUGGCCGGCACCCGUGUCUCACUGGCCAAUGGAUCCGGCGGACCUUCCAUCUACACUGGCCGGCACCCGUGUCUCACUGGGCCAUGGCUCCAGCGGACCUUCCAUCUACACUGGCCGGCACCCGUGUCUCACUGGGCCAUGGUUCCGGCGGACCUUCCAUCUACACUGGCCGGCACCCGUGUCUCACUGGGCCAUGGCUCCAGCGGACCUUCCAUCUACACUGGCCGGCACCCGUGUCUCACUGGGCCAUGGUUCCGGCGGACCUUCCAUCUACACUGGCCGGCACCCGUGUCUCACUGGGCCAUGGAUCCGGCGGACCUGCUCUAACAAGGCAAAGCCCUGGUACUUUUCAGCUUGCAUUUAAAUCAAAUCACAUCAAAUCAAACCUGAUUUGUCACAUACGCCAAAUACCUUACCGUGAAAUGCUUAUUUAUAAGCCCUAAACCAACAAUGCAGUUCAAGAAAGAGUUAAGAAAAUAUUUACCAAAUCAAAUAAAGUAAAAAAUAAAAUAAAAAGUAACACAAUAAAAUAACAAUAACGAGGCUAUAUACAUGGGGGUACCGGUACCGAGUCAAUGUGCGGGGGUACAGGAUAGUCGAGGUAAUUUGUUCAUAUAGCUGGGUCCCGUGUAGCUCAGUUGGUAGAGCAUGGCGCUUACAACGCCAGGGUUGUGGGUUCGAUUCCCCCAUUUAAUUUUUUUAAAAUAAUAAUGUAUGCACUCACUAACUGUAAGUCGCUCUGGAUAAGAGCGUCUGCUAAAUGACUAAAAUGUCAAAUGUAAAUAUAGGUAGGGGUAAAGUGACUAUGCAUAGAUAAUAAACAGCGAGUAGCAGCAGUGUAAAAACAAAUUUACAUAACAAUGGCUAAUUAACUGUGAACCUUCACACAAAGCAACAGUUUCGAAUGAUGCAGAGGUUGUUGAUUCUGCUCAAGUCUUUAGUGUCGUCGUCCUGAUGCAAACACUAUAACACUAGAGAUACAUUAACAUAAAACACUGGCAGCCCAUUGGUGUUGGGGGCAAGAUGGAAGAGGACCGUGUGUACCUGCCUACCUCUGAAUGACAAUAGCCAGGUCUUCAGGAGGAGAUGGAUAGCUUUAGUGUUGGACUGUGUUGGUGGGUUGUGUUUCGACACCUCCCUUCUUAACGCACAGUAUUUGGGAUUCAUGGCCGUAUCUCUGGCUGGGGCCACAGAUAACAAAGCGAGUGAAUUUGAGGAUAAUGCCGUCAGUUAGGAUGGGUUUUUAUGGGCGGUAGGCAGCGACACCGUCCAGGGAGAAAAGGACAGCCAUGUGUUUCAUCACCAGGAACAGGAGAGGGUUAUCCUAAUUACCACCAGAACAAUGCCACUCCUUUGUUGGUGUGAUUACACCCAGUAUGCUAACCAUACAAGAAUGCUAAUCACACAACAGAAUGAGUGUGGCAGUUAACUGGGAAAUUGAUUAGGUCAGGAGCGAGAAAAAGGAGAUUGGGGGGGGGGGGGUUACUGAGUCUCUUGUCUGAACAAGAAUCUAGGUUGAGUGGGUUCUGGAAAGGUCGCUGUCUGUCUGUGUGAGAUUUGUCUGGCCUUUGACCAGGAGCUGCAGUGUUGGAGUGUUUGACAGUGUCCUGUCCUUGCGUGUAUGUCUCUGGCCCUGUAGGGCUGCAGCAUGGCUGUGUUCGGAGAGCUCCACAGUAGCUGUGGAUGUGAAUGAUGACUAGGUCGGGUAAAGACCAGACACUAGAGCGCCUGCCAGCCAGCCAGCCACCUCACCCAGAACACCACUCAUGCCUGAGCAACUGUGCCAGCUAUUAAAAUACCUGCCUCUUCGAGACAGCUCAGUGUGUGAGGAGAGACUGAGCUACACAAGACAAUGCAACCUUGUUUUAUGUGCCAAUGUCGUGAUUAUAGUCAUGUCCUUUCUGUGUGGUGACUUGUCCUCUCCAUGCUUCAACAUAACAUAACAGGAUGUAGCUAGAGCAGCGAAGGCAUUUACCGCUAGUGCUCUUAUGUCUAUUUGGGUCUAUUUCAGUGGAGAGUUGUUCUUUAGUUUGUGUCAUACGGAGGAUGAAAGGAGCAGUGUGAGUUGAGCUACAGUAGUAUGAACCGCCUGCCGGCCCUGCUUUCUCUCUCUGAUGCUACUGGGCUCUGGGAGACAGCAAGGCUAUAAAAAGAUACAUAAAAAAUGUGCGGAUGAAUAUGGUCAUGAUGGUGAUGGUGAUGAUGAUGGUGAUGGUGAGGAUGAUGAUGAUGGCGGUGAGGGGAAAGAGAUGAGCCCGGAAGGACUCAGUGUGAUGUAAUCCGGGAGUUUGAUGGUGUAACUGUAAUGAAAAAAGAUGUGUGAAGACGACAAAUAAAAAAAAACGGAAUUGCUUUUCAAUUCCUCUGAAACUGGGGAUCAAGAAAGGAGGAGAACUAAGUGGUGGAUGAGAGCUGUAAUCUGCUGUGAGACCAGAACAGCAAUGGAGCAAUUCUCUUCUUUCUCCAGUCAACACAUGCAUAAAGAGUAUUAAAAAAGGCCCAUGUUUACCAGGAAGAGGUGUUGCGCCUGAGUGUUGUACUGGGAUUAAGAGGAUCAGGUCUGGUGUUAUGGAGCGGUUAUAAAACUUCAUAUCAUCUGCCUUGACAGUUUUGACCUGCCCAUAUUUCAUCACAAAGACUUUCUCUCAGUGUCUGUCUGUAAUGUUGAACAGAGAGCAGAACAUGUGGAGUAAUUUUACAUUUACAUUUACGUCAUUUAGCAGACGCUCUUAUCCAGAACGACUUACAAAUUGGUGCAUUCACCCUAUAGCCAGUGGGAUAACCACUUUACAAUUAUUAUUAUUAUAUAUUUUUUUUUUAUGAGGAAGUUGAAAUGUUUUCAUAAGAUCCUGCUGUGUUUGAUGCAACUGAAUGUAAAAUAUUGCAGCUGUUUUACCCACUCUCUCUCUCCCCCUUUCUCUCUCUCCUUUUUAAAAAUUGUUUUCUUCUCCCUUUCAAAUCAUUUAAUUUGAAUGAAAAUUCAGUCCCAGUGUUUUGUUGUCAGUCGGGGGAGGGGUGCAAUUGGUCAGAUCCUUUGACCACAGCCAAUAGCAGUGCAGCUCCCACCCUCCACCCCUCCUCCCUGCCCUGCUGAGAUUCCCAGUCUGGCCUGUGAUUGGCUGCCGUGGGACCCAGGAGCCAGAGGCUGUGAGCGUUUUUAGGGGAGGAGUCAGACGGCAUAUUAAAGCUGGGCGGUCUGCUCUCCUUUCCUUUAGUGUGUGCUUUUGUUAAUGUGGAGUAGUUACGUUACUGGGAGAGGAGCUCCCUGUGGUUGUCCUGUUAGUCUGACACCGUCUUCCUCUGUCUCUCUCUCUCCUCUCCAGGAGCCCUGCUGGAGCAUCACUCCAGGGACCCCGGGAAUCUGCGGAGCUGCCAGUUGAUCUGCUGCUUUUGAGGACAGUGGGAGGAUCGGACCAGACAGACGGAGCAGGAUCAGGAGAUUUAGUUGCUCUGACAGUCUGUGGCUGAGCCAGACUGUUUUCUGCUGUGUGAUCUAGUUAAAGGGACCAACCAGCAGCUGCAACUGCAGGAUCUGCCCCCGUUGGGUCACUGAGUCAGACUGAUGUGGUGUGCGAGCCAUGGUGACUCUGUCCCACAAGUAGCCUUUCAGUGAGGAGGACAGAUAAUAGACCAGAGGGACGACGUGAAGAAAGGAGGAAGAACGGAGGAGAAAUAGCAGCAGCAGGAACAGAUAAACAAGUAAGAAAGUUAAAGGGGGCCUUGGGUGGAGGGAGGAGAGGAGACGGGGGGAUAAAAGGGGAAUACAAAAUUCCUAUUUUCUUUGGUUUAGGACAUUUGUGAGCACAAAAAGGACAAUGAACAUUACCCCCAGUCUCACUCUCUUUUCUUAACGCUCUGCUCCUCCUUCACAGCUCCAGAAUGCCUGUAGAGACCCUCCGACCCUCAGACGGACGUCUGGUGGGGGUCCCCUUCACCUCAGCCAUGCCUUUCCGCAUCCUCAACAAGGGACCUGACUACUUCCGGCGGCCAGCGGAGCCUGGAGCCCGUAAGCUGAGCGCGGUGGAGCGCCUGGAGGCGGACAAGGCCAAGUAUGUGAAGAGCCAGCAGGUGGUGCUCACCAGGCAGGAGCCUGUCAAACCACCCAUCAUCCGCAAGCCUCUGCUGUCCCCGGGCAUGAUGCUGCAGUGUCGGAUCAACGCCCCCCCGGCCCGCAAGGUGCCCCGGCGGCCUGCCGACUCAGAGAACGGAGGAGGAACAGGAGGGGUAGGGUGGCGGAGGGGACCACCUCUUAACCUGGAGAUCCUCAACAACCUCAUCAACAACGUGUGUGAUGGACCACUUCUCUGCUCCCCAUCUCCCAUCCCCUCCUCACCCUCCGCCUCCUCUCCUUCAUCUGGGGGGAACAGCAUGGGGAAUGGACUUUCAGCUGACCAGGAGAGGAUCAAUCGAGUCCUGAACAAUCUUAAACCUGUUAAUAACUGCAACACCUCCUCCACCACCUCCUCCUCUUCCACCUCCUCUCCCCUCAACAAUAACAACAGCCAGACCUGCCCAGCCGAGCCCAGCCACCGGCCGCCCCCUGUCCCAGCUCGGGGUAUAAGGGUGGGUGUGCCAGCUCCCUACAGCUCUCCUAACUCAGUGAUGGUGCGCAGGGUGGAUGUGAGGCCCCAGGCUGAGCCGAGGAAGCCCCAGAGGACCCAGUUCCAGCCUCAGAUCAAGCCCAGACAGACUUCCCAGCCCCAGGUGGCUAAGCCCCAGGCCCCAUCACCACCACCCUCACAGCAGGCCCAGCCCCAGCCUCAGCCCCUCACCCCCACCCAGCCUCUACCCUCUCCCCCAACCUACCUGCCUCCCAGCCCCAUACUGAUCCGGGCGGGCAUGAUGCCCCCGGCCUCCCCUGCUUUCACCCGCCUGUCUUCAGCCAGCUCCAGGGGGUCUCGCCCCGGUUCGGCCCGUAAACACCCCUCCCUACACCGCUCCAAGUCUGACCUGAGUGACCGGUACUCACGAGCCACAGCGGACCUGGAACGCUUCUUCAACUACUGUGGGCUGCACCCAGAUGAGGUGGAGGGCAUGGGGGGAGUGGAGCGCUUUGCCAGAGCCAGCUCAGAUAUUGUGUCUGUGUCCAAGCUGCGCAGCGUCAGCACCGCCAGCUCUGAGUGUGAGCAGGCGCAGGAACAAGGGGAGGUGGAGGGCGAGGAGGGUCAUGCCCGACCCGGGGAGCGUGUCCCCUACGGAAUCUCAAUCAUCGAGAGGAAUGCUCGUGUCAUCAAGUGGCUGUACGGGAUCCGCCAGGCUCGGGACUCCAACGCUGUGUCCAACGUUUAG